CUUAAACCCCCGUUGAAGCGACUCGGGUCGACACUAGACGAACCCCAAUCGCAGAUUCGCAGGUCUCGUAUUCACCAACCCACACCUUUUCAACACUUUCAUCCAUUAUCAACUUCCUUAAAGUGAUCCAGUUAGGCAUUUAAUAUUGCGAUCGAAUUCAAUAUAUUCUUCAUAUAUUCGCAGCUUGUAUAUAUUGUCAUUCAUCAUUCAUCAUUCAUCAUUCAUCAUAUUCUGUUGGAAGAUCCGGUCAACUGUAAUCAUCCACCAAUACUUUUUCUUUGUUUUCAUCUGAAUUUCAAUACUGGGUAUCGGGUCUUCCUCGAGGGUCUAAUGACCGCAACCUACUUAGAUCUUUGAUAAGGGAGCCAGGGUAGUCCUUAUGGACAUGUAUUGAUUAUUGAAUAUGCAACCAGUUUUGGUUUCUGAUCAUUAUGCCGGUUUUGUCUGACACAACCGGGCAUAACUUGCAAGUUAUUGAUACUGAUGAGGACAAACAAUCUUUUCAUUCUACAAUUCGAUUCAGAAUAUGCUGCACCUUCAUGGGCGGUUCUUAUUGCAGGUGUCUUUGUGAUACUGACCUUAUGUCUUUCCUUAUAUCUUCUCUUUGAGCACCUUUCUGCUUAUAAAAAUCCAGAGGAGCAGAAGUUCCUAAUUGGGGUCAUAUUAAUGGUUCCUUGCUAUUCUAUUGAAUCAUUUGUUUCAUUAAUGAAGCCAUCAAUAAGUGUUGACAUUGAGAUAUUACGAGAUUGCUAUGAAUCUUUCGCAAUGUAUUGUUUUGCCAGAUAUCUUGUGGCAUGUUUGGGUGGUGAAGAAAGGACAGUUGAAUUUUUAGAAAGGGAAGGACGUGCAGCUUCAAAAAUGCCGUUGUUGGAGCAUGGUUCUGAAAAGGGAGUUGUAAAGCAUCAUUUUCCAAUGAGUCUAUUCUUUAAACCUUGGAAACUUGGUCAAUGGUUGUACCAAGUAAUCAAGAUUGGUAUUGUUCAGUAUAUGAUUAUCAAAGCUUUGACCGCUCUAAUAGCUGUUAUUCUUGAAGCCUAUGAUGUGUAUUGUGAUGGGGACUUCAAGUUGAGUUGUGGGUAUGCUUACUUGGCGGUAGUUCUGAAUUUCAGUCAGACAUGGGCGUUGUAUUGUUUGGUGCAGUUCUAUACAGUUGCGAAAGAUGAAUUGAAGCACAUAAAACCGUUGGCCAAAUUUCUUACAUUUAAGUCCAUUGUGUUUUUGACGUGGUGGCAAGGGAUUGCCAUAGCAAUUCUCUAUGAUCUUGGCCUGUUUAAAAGUCCCAUAGCUCAAGCAUUGCAAUUUAAAUCAAGCGUUCAGGACUUUAUCAUAUGCAUAGAGAUGGGCAUUGCCUCUAUUGUACAUUUAUACGUGUUUCCAGCAGAACCUUAUGAAGCAAUGGGAGACCUUUUUCCUGGAACGGUUUCUGUCCUUGGAGAUUAUGUGUCAGCUGAUUGUCCUGUUGAUCCGGACGAGGUUCGGGAUAGUGAACGCCCCACAAAAGUACGCAUACCACAGCCCGACCUUUCUGCCAAAAGUGGCAUGACCUUAGGCCAAAGUGUUCGGGAUGUCUUUUUUGGUGGCGGUGGUUAUAUUGUUAAAGAUGUGAAGUUUACUGUCAAUCAGACAGUGGAACCAAUGGAGAAGGGAAUCACAAAGUUCAAUGAGAAAUUACAUGAGAUCUCACAAAAUAUAAAAAAACGAGACAAAGAGAAGAGGAAAACAAAGGAUGAUAGUUGCAUUACAUCUUCGCCACCAAGGAGAGUGAUUCGCGGUAUUGAUGAUCCACUUAUAAAUGGCAGCAUAAGCGACAGUGGGACCUCAAGGGGAAGGAAGCAAAAGCAUCGGAAAAAGGCAGGCUAUACGAGCGAAAGUGGAGGUGAGAGUAGUGACCAAAGCUACGGUGGAAUUAUGAUCCAUGGUCGUAGAUGGGUUGUCAAAGAGUAGUUCAGAAUAUUUCCGAACUUGUAGAAAGCACACGAGGGUGUCAAGUAUCGUGAUAUCAUUCAUCCUAAAACUACAUAGUGAAGCUUCAUAGUUUUCAGCUACAGAACUUUGCCUUAGCUUGGUAUCCAACGUUCGAAUACAAACUACAGAUGAUCGAUUUGCCAAGUCUUGUGUGUCGGUACUUGGGAGCUUGUGCUUUUUCCCUUGCCUACAUGUUGCUUGCAAGCCUAUAUUAACCACUGGAUUCUAUGGUUCUUCCAUACCUUUGCUAUUUAUGUGGGUGAGGAGGGAUGUGAAAGUAUUCAUGUAUUGCAUUUUCAUUGACCUAUUGAGUUUUGACAUUGAAACUCUUGAAUCACGGGCCACAGCACCCCAAUAAUCUGAUCAAAUUGGCAACCUAACCCGUGUUGGGUAUGAUUGUAUUGUAUAUUUGUAGAUCCUAAACUACUUCUGAUUCGGAACUCAAAAUUCACCUAUUUAGAUUUUCCUUAUUAGAACUUGUUUCAACUUAUAGUACAACCAAAUUGUACGCUUUUUAAGUAAUAAUUCUGUCGUAUACUCGUAUUAUAAA